AUGGGUGAACAAGGCCAGGUAGUCCACGUCGAGAACGUCGAUGCACAAGAAGCCAAUGGCCGGGUACACGCAAAGACCUACAUAUUGGUCGCUGCCGUAAACAUGAUCUACGUGGCGCAGCUUUGCAGUGUCGUCGGGUCUGGCGCUCUAGCUCGUGACAUCACCGCUGUCACGGGAGGUAGUGGCAACAUUGUCUGGUUUACAUCGGUUAUUACCAUCUGCACGGCUGUGCUGAGUCCAUCGGUCAGCCAGGCCGCCGACUAUUGGGGUAGAAAGUGGCUGCUUAUUUUCUUCACGAUAUUAGGCUGUGUGGGAAGUAUUGUGGUCUCGCGAGCCAACUCACCUGGAUCGGUACUUGUCGGCUUCACGUUCAGCGGUCUUGCAUUUGGUUCGCAGGCCCUGGUCCCUACAAUAACGUCGGAGGUCUUGCCUCGAAAUUAUAGACCAUAUGCCCAAGCUGCAGUCAACGUGUCAGGGUCUCUAUCCGGCUUCGUUUCACUGCUCCUCGGAGGAGCUUUGACGCGGAACAGCAACCACGAAGGUUUCCGAACGUACUGGUACAUCUGUGCAGGGACCUUUGCGCUUUCAGCAAUCCUCACCGCAUUCCUCUACAACCCUCCUCUGCGGGAGCUUCAGCGUACGCUGAAAUUUACAGAGAAACUAAAAAAGCUCGACUGGAUCGGCUAUGCUCUGCUGACGUUGGGUCUGGCUCUUUUCUGUGUUGGGUUAUCAUGGUCGCAGAACCCAUACCCUUGGACAGACGCUCGUGUCUCAGCUCCCUUCGCUGUUGGCGUUUUCUUCACCACCGCACUAGUUCUGUACGAAUGGUUUAUCAAAGUCGAUGGCAUGAUCCACCAUCGACUAUUCCGAGGCCGAGGCCGAAACUUCCCAAUCGCGCUGUUCUGCCUGUUCGUCGAGGGUUUGGCUUUCUUCUCCGCGAACAAUUAUUUUCCCUUCGAAACAAGCAUUUUAUUCACCUCGGACCCGGUCGUGGUAGGAGCACAUUUCGGCAUUGCUUUCAUUGCAUCCAUAGUUUUCGCCGGAGUUGGCGCCGCAUACUGCUGGAAGACGAAGACCCUCCGUGAUACAACCAUGGCGGCGUUUAUCUCGUUUAUAAUAUUUUUCGUCUUGAUGGCCACGACAACUACCAAUACUCCCCAGAAUAAUUUCUGGGCCUACCCUCUCUUCCUGGGCGGCGGCCUCGCAUUGAGCGUGACAGCUCUAAUGACAGCAGCCCAGUUUGCCACUCCGGCUGAGCUAAUAUCAACAGCGACGGGAUUAGUCCUCUGUGUCCGCAACCUUGGUGCCACGGUUGGACUGGCAGUUUACAACGCCGUUUUCAACCAGUGUGUAUCUCAGAACCUUGCACCCAAAAUUGCCGCAGCAGCCUUGCCCCUUGGCCUCCCGGAGUCAUCCAUCGGCGCUCUCAUCGGUGCUCUCGUGACCGCAAACUUCGCGGGCCUGGCUGAGAUCCCAGGCGUAACAGAGGAGAUUAUUGGCGUUGCUACAGUGGCAUUAAAAGAGACGUAUCUCAUUGCGUUUCGAUACGUGUGGGUGACUGCAGGUGCCUUCUCCGCUAUCGCUUUCAUUGCAUCCUGUUUUCUAAGUAAUCCUAGCGAGGCAUUCAACUCGCAUAUCGAUGCCCCAGUUGAAGUUGAAAGCAUUGCCGAAGCCGAUAAAGCUAAGGUGUAG